AUGCGUCUCCAAAUCCUAGGCCUCACUCUCCUUACUACCACCGUCCUCGCAGACGGCGCAUCCAUCCUCGCUGCCAUGAGCAAAAUUUCCUCUUCAACCGCCAAACUCAACAACACGGUUACCGAUUUCUCCGCCGGACUCCUCGGGCUCGCCGACGUGGUGCCCCUCCUCAUCGACAGCACCAACCUCCUCCACGACAUCAACUCUGGCACAAAAGUCGCCUCUUCCUCUGCCAACCUUACCGUCCCCGAAACCAUUCAAGUAGCAUCAGCUACCUCAUCUCUUGUGGCAGAUGUACAAACUGUGUUGACAUCAAUUGUGAAUGCGAAACCGAAGUUUGAUAAGUUGGUGCUGGUUAGUCCGGUUGUGUUGGUCAAUUUGAAAGAGCAGAAGCGUGCCACGGAUAAAUUUAGUGCGGCGGUUGUAAGCAAGUUGCCUGCAGCGUUUGUGGAGGUUGCAAAGGGUCUCGUGGCACCGAUUGAUACGGCGUUUGAUGCGGCUAUUGCGGAGUAUAAGCCGUUUUGA